AUGUCAUCUAAUUUAAUUAGCGAUAAUAUUCAAAAGGAUGCUAAAUUGAAUGGUUUAAGUGGCACAUUCGGUGAUAAAACAUUAGUUCCAUUAAACUCUAGAUAUAGGUCCAAAAGUUUGUCUAGUGAUAAGUUGAACCAAACUAAUGCAGAUCGGGCUGCGAUCUUGGAGGAUGUAGAAGUACAAUACGUUACGGACAAAUCUGAAACUCCCGGGUGUUUAAUCAAGAACAAUAUAAUGGAUCAAGGAACACAGGCUGUAAACAGUUUCAAAGAUGGCAAGGUGUCGUACGGCACGGACAGUCCGGCGCGGGGGCGUCGCGUCAUCUUCUGCGUGCACGGCAACCCGUCCACCGGAUGCUGCGCGGUCAUAGAGAACGGCGAGCCCGACCACAGCGACCACCCUAACGGCAGUAUUACGGAAAUGGAUAGACACUGUCACCGAUCCAGAAAUGAAGACAUAGACAAACGGGCGCGGAGAAAACUAAUCAUCGCUAGUGUGCUGUGCGUCAUAUUUAUGAUUGGAGAGAUAGUCGGUGGUUACCUAUCCAACAGUCUGGCGAUAGCCACGGACGCGGCUCAUCUGCUUACGGACUUCGCCAGUUUUAUGAUCUCCUUGUUCUCGUUAUGGGUUGCGAGCCGGCCGGCCACGAGACGAAUGCCGUUCGGGUGGUAUCGCGCAGAGGUGAUCGGUGCUCUAACAUCAGUUCUCCUGAUCUGGGUGGUGACGGGAGUGCUCGUCUACAUGGCCGUGCAACGCGUGAUCAACAAGGAGUUCGAGAUCGACGCAACCGUGAUGCUCAUCACCUCCGCCAUCGGUGUCGCCGUCAACCUCGUAAUGGGUCUGACCCUUCACCAGCAUGGACACAGCCACGGCGGUCACGGGCACUCGCAUGGCGGAAAGAACCCUGUGCUCAAUAACAAGGAACGAACGUCGGACUCGGACGCGGAGAGCUCGUGCUCUCAGGGCGCGGCGCCGGCGCACGCGCGCAGCGAGAACAUCAACGUGCGCGCCGCCUUCAUACACGUGCUGGGGGACUUCCUGCAGAGCUUCGGCGUUUUCAUCGCCGCUAUCGUCAUAUACUUCAAGCCGGAAUGGAACCUGGUGGAUCCGAUCUGCACCUUCCUGUUCUCUGUAUUGGUUCUGAUCACCACUUUCAACAUCAUCAAAGACACACUGUUGGUGCUUAUGGAAGGAUCACCGAGAGACGUAGAUUUUCAGGAGGUGGCCAACACGUUCCUCUCGCUGCCGGGAGUACUUCGCAUCCACAACUUGAGAAUGUGGGCGCUCUCGCUCGACAAGACUGCACUCUCCGCUCACCUAGCCAUACGUAGCGGCGUCAGCCCGCAAAAGGUUCUGGAACAAGCAACUAAGCUGGUUCACGAAAAGUUCAACUUUUUCGAAAUGACCCUGCAGAUAGAGGAAUUCAACGACGGCAUGGAGGAAUGCAGCCAGUGCAAAAUGCCACAAGCGUGA